UAGGAAAGUGGCGGUGGGUUGUAUAAUAUUCAGUCCGCCCCGACCCAGGACAACGCGGCUGAGAAUUGGAGACUGACUUCCAAGCAAACGCUGUCAGCUAAAACGAAAACCAUUAGUCUGAAGAAGGGUCUCUCUCAGUCUCACCCAUUGCUUCUCCCUCCAGAGGUGCUGCCUCUGCCUGUCCCGCGGGAGUUACUCCAGCAUUUUGUGUGUGUCUUGUUCCCUCCAACACACCCCUCCCCUCUUCAAACUCAACGCUGAGUGAGUGGGGAGUCCCAACGGUGCCAGCUCUGGAGGUGACGGGGACUGGAUAACACUGGAGGAUAUCUGGUUGGAGCAUCGUUGUCAUAACUGGGGUGCUUGAGAGAGACAGGGAGAGACAGAGAGACAGAGAGAAACAGAGAGAGGGAGAGAGAAACACAGAGAGAGGGAGAUCUUUGGCAAGAGGCGCCGACAAGGCGGAAUCACCAGCUUGUUCUACACUCCCUGCAAAACGCUUCACCUACAAAUCGCCACAGAGUGAAAGUCAGCUUGUGGUGUCAUGGCAGACGAAGAGGCCUACGAAGACUACUACGACAAUGGGUCCUAUGAGCACGACAGAAACAGCACCAUCGACUAUUACGACUACAACCAUGUGUGCGAGAAAGACGAUGUCAGGCGAUUUGCGAUGUAUUUCCUGCCGCCGUUCUACGCAGUGACCCUGGUGGCGGGCCUGGCUGGGAACGCAGUGGUGGUGGCCGUCUAUGCCAAGUACAAGAGGAUGAGAAGCAAGACGGACCUGUACAUCAUGAACCUGGCCAUCGCCGAUCUGCUGCUGUUGGUCACUCUGCCCUUCUGGGCGGCCAACGCGGUCCACGGGUGGGUGUUCGGCGAGGCCAUGUGCAAGAUCUGCUCGGCGCUGUUGGAGAUGAACUUCUGCGCCGGCAUGCUGUUCUUGGCCUGCAUCAGCGUCGACCGCUACCUGGCGGUGUCCAGGGCGGCACGCCCGCCCACGGUGGGGAGGAAGGCCGGGCUGGCCUGCCUGGGCGUGUGGCUGGUGGCUCUGGGUCUCAGCGCCCCCGAUGUGGUUUUCUCCUCGGUGGUGGAGUCCCACGGCAGGCGGCAGUGCGUGCUCCUCUUCCCGCCGCACACGGCCAAGGCGGCCAAGGCCACGGUGCGGGUGUUCGACAUCCUCCUGGCAUUUGCCGUGCCGUCGAUGGUGAUGCUGUACUGCUACACCGCCGUGGCCAAGGUGGUGUACCGGGGCACGGAGCGGAAGAAGCGCCGGGCGCUGCGGGUGCUCCUGGCCGUGGUGGGCGUCUUCUUCCUGACUCAGCUGCCCUACAACGUGGUCAAGUUCUGCCGCCUGCUCGACCUGAUCCACGCUCUCAUCCGGGACUGCGGGACCAGCAAGAUGGUGGACGUGGCCACGCAGGUGACCGAGAGCAUCGCCCUCUUCCACUGUUGCCUCAACCCAAUCCUCUACGCCUUCAUGGGGGCCUCGUUCAGAGGCCACGUCCUGAAGGCGGUCAAGAGGAGCCGCUUCUGGCACCGGGACCAGGAGGUGGCCAUCGCCAUGGAGACCUCCUUCAACCUCAGCUCGCCCGACUCCGAGCACACGAGCAGCUUCUCCAUCUAGACUCGCCGCCGGCACACGGGGUCUGGCAGAAACAUAGAAACAUAGACAAUAGGUGCAGGAGUAGGCCAUUCGGCCCUUCGUGCCUGCACCGCCAUUCAAUAUGAUCAUGGCUGAUCAUCCAACUCAGUAUCCUGUA